GAGAGAGUGACAGAGAGAGGUGCAGGACAGACGGUAAUGACAGUAGCUUACAACAACAUGAAAGUAAUAAUAUUAAUUAAUAUUAAUAUUAAUAGGCUAAUUAAUAUUACCAGCAAGCUAUUAAACAUUAUUCCACUCACAUGACAUGCAGGACAAUUAAUGAUGGGCAAAUGUGUGUGUGUUUGUGUGUGGUGUUAUAUCAACACGUGUGGUUGUGGACAUGAGCUGCUGCACAUUUAACAGCCACACAUCACCGACAGUCCGCUGAACAACGCAACGGAUUGUGAAUGAAAUAAACUUAAUUACAACAUGACAGUCUUGCACGAAAUAUCAUUAACGUUACUCUUUGUAGUCACGUAGGCAUGUGAAUUACAGCGUUUCAUUGCAAAGAAUGCAUGUAACGGGUACACUUGCGCUGUUUCUCCGCCAUCUCGUUCAAAUGAGCCAGAUAAAGGGGGCGGGUAUUUAUACGUCAUGGCCUCAAGCUGAAAAAGACUUCCUGUUAGGAACCUCUCGACCAUCCUAGCUCGUAGCUGCUUAAAGCUUAAUGCUAGCUCCUAGCGCUAGCUCCUCGCAUUUUUUCCUAGGUGGGAGGGGCUAAACAGCUAGCAAAGUCGGCUAGCAGUAGCACUAGCAAUAAUUUAAGAGACUUGGGACGCACUCUAUGCAGCGUUUAAUACUUGGAAGUACCGACAUUAUACUGAGUUUGACUCGGUAAAAGGUGACAAAAACAUCAGCGUCCGCUGUACACUCUGCGUGGGAAGAAAACUUUUAUCUACAGCGAAAAAUUCCACCUCAAAUCUGAGCAAGCACCUAGCAAGCCGGCACAGGAAUGUGAAACUCACUGAAAAAACCCCGGAUCCCCCCACUGACAUGACCGCUGCGGCUACCACAUCCAAUUCCACCGGGCGAACCUCCGAAGGCCCCUCUCCUGCGAAACAGGUGAAAAUAGACUUAAGAGCGACAGGACUUAGAGCCGCUGAACGGAAGAAGCUCGUCGCUGGCUAUAUUGUCGAGGACAUGUUGCCCAUUUCCACUGUAGACUCUGAAUCGUUCCGACGCAUUGUAGAAAAAAUACCGACCAAAAGUGUCCAGCUGCCGCAGAGAAAGUCAUUUUCAGGAUACCUUGAGAGCGAAUACAACAUAAUGGACACUAAUUUGAAGGCUGCACUCGGAGAUGUAGACUUUGUUUCCACCACUGCUGACAUCUGGACGGCGAAUAAUAAAAGUUUUAUGGGUGUAACAGUUCACUGGAUUAAUUCCACUUUACAGCGCAACAAGGCCGCCCUAGCAUGUAAGAGAAUUAGAGGCAGGCACACCUACAAUGUAACUGGAGCAGAGAUUGAAGAAAUCCAUUCAUCAUAUGGACUGCAUGGCAAAGUUGUUGCCACUGUAAUUGAUAUGCAUCUAAUUUUGCCAAAGCAUUCAGAGUAUGUCAGCCCUGUAAUUUGGAGUCUGAAUCUGAAAAUGAAGAAGAAGGUGAUGACGAGGAACCGACCUUUACAGAUGUCAUAGAAGCUCUUUCAGCCGCAUCUGGUGAUGGACAGUUUAGCCUGCCUCCACACUACAGGUGUGCAUCACACACAAUUAACCUGAUUUCAACAAGCGAUGCUGACAAACAUCUAAAUUCCUGUGCAGACACCAAGGCUGUAUAUAGGAGUAGUAUUGCAAAAUGCUCUGCUCUUUGGACUAAAGCAAGUCGAUCAACAUUAGCCUCUGAACAGGUGGAGGAAGUCAGCCGCAGGAAACUAAUGUUACCCACAUCCACAAGGUGGAAUUCCCUGUAUGAGGCCAUUUCCAAAAUCAUCACAAUUCCAAUGAAUGAGCUGAAUCCCCUGUGUGUAAAACUGGGAAUCAAGUGCCUAAAUGAAAGGGAGUACCUAUUCUUACAAGAGUACUGCACUGUGAUGAAGCCCCUGACCGUAGCACUGGACAUCUUACAAGGGGAUGAGUGCACCUAUGGGGCUUUACUACCAACACUCACAAGCCUGAUGUCAAAGACACUUGCCCUGAAAGAUGACCUCUCUAGAAUGGCAGCCAGCCUUCCAGAUGUCAUUGUAAAGGCCAUCAAGAUUCGUUUUGAUGCUGUACUGGAUAGCCAAGAAGGACUUCUUGCAGCGGCCAGUUGUCCCAAGUUCAAACUUCGAUGGCUGAGAGAUGAGCAUAGGAGAGAGCAUGUGAAGGAGCUUCUGACAGCAGAGUGUCGUAAAGCUGCGCCUGCAGCUGACAAUGCCAAUGUGUCCCAACUGGCAGCUAGCCCAGCUGAAAUUGACUUUUUUGAUUUUGAGAACCAGCCCACAGAAAGCUUCUCAGCAGAAAAAGAAGUAACUGACUAUUUAAGGUCAGGGUAUGAGCUUGAGAUUCUGAAUCAGUUCCCAAACCUCAAAAAGAUGUACAUGAAAUACAACACUCCAACUCCAUCCAGUGCACCAGUGCAACGGCUGUUCAGUUUAGGUGGAUUGGUGCUUUCCCCGAAAAGGAACAGACUGUCUGAUAGGAGGUUUGAGAAGCUUCUGCUGAUGCGAUAUAACCACUGUUUCACUCCGAAAGAAAACAAAAAAACAUAGGGCCUUGUCAGGGUAGCCAUAAAAUGAGACUGGACUAACAGCCUAAAUGUAGCAUGCAACAGCAUUUUCUGUUUUGGUAAACUCAUUAUUACUCCUCUCUGCACUUUACCAACUGUUAAAAGACGUAAAUGUUUAAUUGCUGUACUUUAUUUACAUCUAUUCGAAUGAAGGAUUAUAAACACAAAAAAGAUUUAUUUUUUUUUUAUAUGCUGGAAUAUGCAGAAAUAUAAGUUAACAGAAGAAGGACUUGCUUUAUUUCAUUAAAAUAUGGUGGAAUGGUUUAAAUGUUCAACAAUUUUCUUCAAGUCAGAGACUGUUACAUUUGAUUUAAUUUUUGUUUGAUGCAAUGUGCAUAAAGUUAAAAGACUGAAACUAAUAAAACAAGUUUUAAAAAAGA